CUGUUUUUUUACUCACCUUUCAAUGAAGAUUGGAAUGCCCUUCAGCCUUACUCCAAGACAAAGAAAUUAAUCUGGCUGUUUUCUGUCCAUUAUUCCAGUUUGUCAAGAUAUUCUAGAUCCAUCAGCACAACAUUCUAAUGGAUUCCCAAGAUUCUUAUGAUUCCUUGGUAAGAGGCAUUCAGUCCAUCAAUGUCACAGGAAGUUUCAAUCCUUGUGAGCUUUUGCUCACAGGAGACCAAGCCUUCCCAGUGCUUGUGAGUUCGAAUGGGCAAGUUCUCAUUGCCUCAGCCCAGUAUGGGAAAGGCCGGAUGGUGGUUGCUGCGCAUGAAGCAAUGCUACAGCUUCCCCAGUUCUUGCCAUUCAUUAAAAAUGCUCUGGAGUGGCUCAAGCCUUCCCCAACGGCACCCAUCGGGGUCCACAGAAGCCUGGGUGCUCUCUCCAAAUUGCUCCUUGAUGGUGGUGUUAAAGUUUCUCCAGAUGCAACGGUUGGGGACUCCCCAGGGGUCUUCUGCAGAGAUGCCUAUGACGACGUGCAGGCUGAUGAGCUUGUGCAGUUUGUAAAGAGAGGCGGCGGGCUGCUCAUUGGUGGCCAGGCCUGGUACUGGUCAUCUCAACAUAAGAAGGAGGUAGUCCUGGUUCAAUUUCCUGGAAACCUGGUGACCAGUGUGGCUGGAGUAUAUUUCACUGCCAGUGUGGGAGAAAAUGGGGUCUUCUCUGUCCAUGAAAAAGUUCCCAGGAUUCCCCUCAUCACUCAACAUGGAUUAGACAUUGAAAGGGAUAUACUGACUCUUCUGAAAGGAGUGGAGAAAUUCAAUAUAAAGGGUGAUCACCCCCAGGAGACAAUGGUUCCAUCUCCAUUGCUAAUCCAUGGAACAUUGGCAUUUCCAGUCGGCAUAAGCGGUACCUAUGACUCCUUCUUGGCAGCUGCAUACUACGGUAGAGGACGCAUUAUGGUUGCCUCUCAUGAAGGCUUCUUUAAUGUGCCGUCAAUGAAAAGUUUCCUCCUCAAUGCCAUCAGUUGGCUUUCUGCUGGAAAGGAAAGAAAGGUGGGUAUCGGAGACAACUUACAGGAACUUUACUCCACGUUAAAUCAAGCAAUGAUCCCCUGUGAGCUAACCGACUUAAAGGAAGACCUAGGCGUAUACUGUUGUACGGCCUACAAUGCCAAAGAGAUGGCAAGCAUCCAUGAGUUUGUCUCCGAAGGAGGAGGACUCCUGAUUGGGGGUCAAGCUUGGUAUUGGAGUUAUGAGAAUCCUAACUCCAGUGCUAUUGCAGAAUAUCCAGGAAAUAAGAUCCUGAAGAAGUUUGGAAUUGGGAUUGCUGGAAAGUCUAUUGAAAUCCCUGAGAACAGCUGUCCUGUGGGAGAGGCCAGCGAAGUGGCUUCCACUUAUCACUUCCGGAAAGCACUCUUUCAGUUCAUGGAACACGUUCGGAACAAGCAGAUUCUACAACCACCAUAUUCCUUGUGGCUCCGAAAGCUGCUACAAGAUGCUACAAUAUUCCUUGAGAUCCCAGCUAUGAACUCCCGUCCUUUCUCUUCAGUUCGUGAUGACAUUCUAGAGUUGAUUCAAAUUAAAGGGAUUCCUGAGGUCAGUGCACACAACCCAAUCCAAGCCAAUUCAGACCAAGCCAUCUUACUUCAAAUAGCUUCUGUGCUCUACAAUGUUCUACCAGAGUUUCAAGCCGUAGUACCCAGCCUGAGCCCACAUAAUUCAAACCCUUAUCCUACAGCACCUCCUCAAACCAUUCAAGUAAAUGGAAGCAACCCAGGAGAUGAAGCUUGGAGAAGCACUGGCAUGUAUGCUCCCCCCGCAAAAACGGUCACUUUAUUAUUCCCACCCUCCACCCUCAGUGCAAAAUUGCAGGUACAGAUGGGCUGCCACACAGAUAAUUUAAUGGCUCUUGGAAAAUGGGAACGUCCUCCAGUAGCAACAAGGCGGUUUCAGGUGCAGAGUGAGAAGAUGGAGAUCUCCAGUUUGUGGGGUGGCCUCCUGUAUGUCAUUGUGCCAAAAAAGUCCUCACUGGGCUACAUCUCAGUCACCAUAGAAGGGGCCACCAGGGCGCCUUAUUUCAAGCACGGUGAAACCAGCAAGCAGGAUUGGCGUGAGACCGUCAGCCUCUAUCCUGCUCCCUGGGCGGAACUUGAAACUGAGAAUAUCAUCCUUACCCUGCCCUCAGAUGCUGUGCGGAAAAAUGACAAGAUUGAGUUCCUGCUCAAGACCUGGGACCAGAUGAUGAGGGCCAUUGCCAAGUUAGCAUCCAUCCCUUUCCCUUUCCCCAGACCAGAGAGAAUUGUGACAGAUGUUCAGAUAUCAGCAGGUUGGAUGCACUCUGGGUACCCAGUCAUGAGUAAUGUGGGGGCAUUGCCUGAGAUUAUAGAUGUGCAGGCUUUCUAUGCCAAAGGAACCUGGGGCCCAAUCCACGAAUUGGGUCACAACCAGCAGAAAAGUGGGUGGAAUUUCCCACCCCAUACCACGGACGCCACCUGCAACCUCUGGUCUGUUUAUGUCAAUGAGACCGUGCUGAGCAUCUCUAGAGAAAUAGCCCAUCCAGAGCUUCUGCCGAAUGCAAGAAAGGGAAAGAUUGAGAAGUACAUUAAAAAUGGAGCUAAGCUGAAGGACUUCGAAAUGUUCACUGCAUUGGAACCAUAUUUGCAGCUGCAGGAAGCCUUUGGGUGGGAGCCUUACAUCCGCAUUUUAGCCAAAUAUCAAACCAUGAGCAACAUCCCAAGUGUCAACAAAUCCAAGAUGAACCUGUGGGCAGAAACUUUCUCUCAGGAAGUCAAGAGAAAUCUGGGCCCUUUCUUCAAAACCUGGGGGUGGCCCAUUGAGGACAAGGUCUCCGAGAAGCUGGCCAGAUCCUUCCCUGCAUGGGCUGAGGAUCCAAUGGUGCAGCAUCGGUCUCCCUGAAGGACCAGAAGCCAAGAUCAGCCCCACCAGAGAACACUGGAAUCGGGGAGACGUGUUGCUCAAAACUGAGACUGGUAAAAUGAACUGCAGCAUAAAAUCCUGUUUAGUUGCUGCCCAUGGAGGAUUUGAGCUCCACUAUUUGGAAAAUACCUCUUUCCGUGUUGCCAAAUAACUGAGGACCUUAAUCUGGGAAUCCUUAUUCUUGCAAUCUUUAGAGCUGAAUAUUUUAAGCCUAGAUGAAAAAAACUAAACAACCUCAUCUUAAACACUGAUCCAAUACGGGGGAAAUGGGACCUGUCAAUGGUCUGCUAGCAAUAUAAGGCCACAGGUAAAGAGGAAAUAAUCUUUCCAUUACACCCUCUAAUGUUCUAUUAUCUUUAGCUCCCAAAUUGGCAUAUAUUUUUCAUAAAGAACUCUUUUUGAUGAUGCCACACAUUUGAAAUGAUGGUUGUUAAGCUCUUUGCAGUUUUGAAUCAUAGCAUUUUAUCUUAAAAAUAUAUCUGCUUGAUGUUUCUCAGUGGCUUGUGCCCUCUGAUGUAUUUGAUCUUUCCUGAAUUGAGUGUAUUCUGUAUUCUAUCAGGUUACAGUACAUCUUUUUUCCAGUUUCUGCUGUCACUUUAUGACUGUAUAACGAAUAAAAUUUCAAAUGCUUUCUU